AUGCAGCUGUUGGUGGUACUUCAUUGUCAUGUUCUGUUUCAUUCAUGCCUGUUAUUUGGUUAUAUAUUUUGUUGCUGGUUACAGAACACAUCUGAAAGGGACAAUGAUGAAGUUGAUGGCAACAAUAUAUGUGGUUUCAGAAAGAAAAAGGGAGUCAAAGGUCCUACAAAGUACAUUCCUCCUCUACAAAAUGCGAAGAUGGAGCUGUCCUGCACUUCAGAGAACCCAGAUUCCUGUCCUCAACAAGGAACUACUGGUUGCUCAGGACCACCAUCAGACCCAUCUCUUCAAAACCUAACUAGCUUUUCUUUAGUAGAGAAGGACACAGGGGGCAGUGACAGUUCUCAUACUGACAGCAGUGUGAAAGAAAACAUGUCUGGAGAAACACGAGAAAAACAGGAGAAUGAUGGCCCUGGGAAAAGAAUAUUAGGUCAAAUAGAUGAGGAAAUAGAUGAAACAGCUAAAACAGAGAAGUACAUAGGUGUGCAACCUGCAAGCAGUGCAGGGAAAACUGUGUGCGCAGAGUCAGCUUGCAGGGGAGAGUGCGAUGAGAAGGCAAAGAGCAAGCAAGAAGAACAGGGUGGGGUGGAAGAAAGAGAUGUCAAGUUUCACAUGACAAAGACGGGCUCCCUGGGCGGUACUGUACCCACACAAGGAUGCGGUACUGCAAUCACACAAGGACACGGUGCUGCAAAGUCCUUCCAAAGGGCACCUGGCCUUUCUAAACAAAGCCUGCAAGAGCUGAAAAACCUGCUGAGUGAAGGUUCUCUGCCUGCUCCUAGGCUCAAUUACAGUGGCAAGGCAGGUGGCACUUUCCCCCAGAAAAACAUCAUAAAACCCCAUGACAGGACAGCUGACAAGCAGAGCCAACUCUUUGAGACUUUUAGCCCUCAUUUUGGAGAGGAGAACAGAAAGUACCACAGCUUCCACAAGGAGGGAGUGGGGCAACAGAGCAAACCUCUGCUGGUCCUCAGCUCUGCUGGGUCUGAUCAGCAGCAAUCAGUGGGAAGCAAUGUGGAUCAACUCAUUCUGGGACUACCUGCAGCUUCUCCACAUGCAGAAAGCAAUGCUCCUGAGAUUUCCUUUGACUCCUCUGCAGACCAUGCUGCAUCCAGCAGAGAGCCUGAUGUAAACGGCCUUGGAAGUCCAACUCUCCUUCAACUGUUCUCUCAUAUUGAAUUUAUUAAGCAGCAGAUGGCCAGGGACAAUGUACAGUUUGUUAGAUUUGAAUCAAUAGACCUCCAUGGUGUGUCGAGAUCAAAGAAUAUUCCUUCUCGCUUUUUUCAUGAGAAAGCAAUUCAUGGUGUUGCCAUGCCCAGAAGUUACCUUGAGCUGACGCUGAAUCCUAAAGAUAAUGAAUUAGAUUACAUAAAUGCAACCAAUUUUAAUUGUGACAUAAUCCUGAACCCGGAUUUAUCAACAUUUCGAAUACUACCCUGGACUGAGCAGACUGCAAGAGUGAUAUGUGAUUCCUUCACUGUGCUGGGUAACCCGCUAAUGACCUCACCAAGGCACAUUGCCAAGAAACAGCUGAGCCAGCUUCAGGACAAUGGCUUUUCUCUGCGCUCUGCCUUCACUUAUGAAUUUUGUAUUUAUGGCAUUACUGAGGUUGUAAAUUCUAAGACAAUAUCCUUUCCUGCAGCCACGAUACUAAAUAACCACGACCAGACUUUCAUUCAGGAGCUCAUUGAAGGAAUGUAUUAUGCUGGUGCCAACAUUGAAAGCUUUUCUUCUUCCACUGGGCCUGGGCAAAUGGAGAUCACUUUUCAUCCAGCAUUUGGCAUAGAUGCUGCUGACAGUGCUUUCACAUUUAGAACAGGAAUUAAAGAGGUGGCUAAGAAAUAUAACUAUGUGGCCAGCUUUUUCUCAGAAUCAGGAUUCUACAACUCAGGGGCUCUGUCACAUAGCCUGUGGGAUUUGGAUGGCCAGAAGAAUUUGUUUUCUGCUGGUUAUGGAGUUGAGGAGCUCUCAGAUAUUGGAAAAAAUUGGUUAUCAGGUCUCUUGGCACACACAGCAGCUAUCAGCUGCUUGAUGGCUCCUACCACCAGCUGCCGUAAACCUUAUUCUAAAUACAGUAAGGAAUCAAAAGAGACUGUAAAUGCAAAAUGGGCAUAUAAUGAUAACAGCUGUGCCUUUAAUGUCAAAUGUCAUGGUGGAAAAGGCACUCACAUAGAGAAUAAGUUAAGUUCUGCUGCAGCAAACCCAUACCUGGUGCUUGCUGCUACUAUUGCUGCAGGUCUAGAUGGAAUAAAGAGAGAACUUAGGUAUGAUGAUAUGCUCCAAGAAGAAAAUCACACUGCUGAUUUGAAACAUUCAUCAGUCCCUCUGAAACUAGAAGAUGCUCUUGUUGCACUCAAGAAAGAUUCUUGCAUUAAGGAAGCAUUAGGUGAAACUUUUAUUCGAUACUUUGUUGCAAUGAAACAUUAUGAGUUAGAAACUGAAGAAAUGGAUAGCGAAAGAAAUAAAUGUUUGGGGUAUUUUAUUUAGAAGAGUACUUUUCUGUAGUGAUGCUGUGUAAAUGCAUACAGUGAAUGGCUAAGAACCUUGAAAUUAUUAAAUAUAUUUUAAAAUGUUUUUAAGCAUUGAAUUUUUUCUACUCCUUUGUAUAGUACAUGGUGAUUGCAUUUUAUUUUCUGUGUAUAUUCAGGACAACGCAAAACCUGAUAUUCAUGAAAAAGCAUUAGUAGGCUUUUAAAAAGCAGGGUUGUAUUUUUUUUUUUUUUUUAAUUAAACAGGCCUGCUGAUGAAAAGAAGAAAAGAGAAGGUGAAAUGGUGAAAAACAACUGCAAUAGGACUGCAUAAUAUGCAGAAAUGUAGGAAUAACUGGGGACAGUACAGGGGGACAAUAGAACUGAGGCAGGAGAUGAAUUUCUUGUUCAGCAUAGUUAUGGGAUUUCUCCCAGUAGCUAAAGAAUUGCUAAACCAGAAGAAUCUGACUUUGAUUUAAAAUCUAGGCUAGAAUGAUGAACACUACAGAGAGGCAAAUAACUGGGGCUGUAGAACCUGGAAGUCAGGAAUCAGUAUCCUAAUUGCCAUAAAUAAAAAUACAGGAGGGAUUAUAAAAUGAUCUAUACAUCAGGAAUUCCACUGCUGAAUGAAUUUUGCAACACUUAUAGUGAAUAAAGAUAUUUAAACAAAUCAAAUGGUGGCUCGAAGAAGGAAUAAUUCAUAGAUAGCCAGGAGUGUCAGGCCACUGGGCAUUCUGUCUGUUUUGAUAGUUAGUGGGUUAAUUCAGAGUUGAAUGAAAAAUGAAAAAAAAAAGGGCAAAGAUGCCAGAGAACUCAGAGGUUAAACUGAACUUUAUUGGGAAAACUGAUGUUGCAAAAGAUGAGGAAGAUGAGUGUGAAGAGAGGAACAGAGACAGUAGGUUAAAGCCAGAAAGAAUGAGUGAAAAUCUGAACUCAGAGAUUGGCAAAUACUAGUUUAAAGGGAGGGAAGACCUAUCCUAAAAUUAGAAAUGGCAGCUGGUGUAAAUUAAAAUAA